ACCCACGCUGCUGGAGGCAGCGCAUCGUCCGCCCCAGCCUUCCAAGUUCCAACCCCCCCGCCGCAUCCCCUCCCCCCACUCCACUCCUCCCGAAUCCCAAUGGCGUCGUCGUCGUCGUCUUCUUCGUCGUCGCCGCCGCCGCCUCCGCCGCGCCGCUCCGUGUUCGACGCCGCCUACAUCCGCGCGGAGUUCGCGGCGGCCGGCAUCUCCCCUCACUUCAUCCCUCUCAUCUGGAAGUAUGUGUUGCAGAACCCCAGGUGCGGCGACCUGGACGCCGUCCCGUCGCUCCCGGCGGCCGCGUACGCGCUCCUUCGGCAGAAGUUCCAGCCGACCACGUCGACGCUCACCACCGCCGCGGAGUCCAAGGACCGCACCACUACCAAGCUCCUUAUCCGACUCAAGAAUGGGGAAUCUGUAGAAGCAGUGAUCAUGCGGUAUGACACGCGAUUGGGGAAGUAUGACGGGAAGCCUCGGCCUGGUGGCGUGCGCUCAACCCUCUGUGUCUCCUCACAGGUAGGAUGCAAGAUGGGCUGUAGAUUCUGUGCUACAGGAACGAUGGGCUUCAAAAGCAAUCUGUCUUCAGGAGAAAUUGUGGAGCAGUUGGUUCAUGCAUCCCGUUAUUCUCAGAUUCGGAAUGUUGUUUUCAUGGGAAUGGGGGAGCCAUUAAACAACUAUACUGCUUUGGUUGAAGCUAUCCAAGUCUUGAUAGGCUCUCCAUUCCAGCUUUCACCUAAGAGAAUUACUGUAUCUACUGUUGGGAUUAUCCAUUCCAUCAAUAAGUUCAAUAAUGAUCUUCCCAAUAUAAAUCUAGCUGUGUCCUUGCACGCUCCUGACCAAGACAUACGCUGUCAUAUAAUGCCUGCUGCCCGGGCCUUUCCUUUAGUAAAGCUAAUGAAUGCACUGCAAUCAUAUCAAAAUGAGAGCAAGCAGACCAUCUUUAUUGAGUACAUCAUGCUUGAUGGAGUUAACGAUCAGGAGCAGCAUGCCCACCAGCUUGGUAAAUUACUUGAAAUGUUUAAAGCGGUUGUUAAUCUGAUACCAUUCAAUCCCAUUGGCUCAUCAAACAAUUUCAAGACUAGCAGCGAACAUAAUGUGAAGAAGUUCCAGAAGAUCCUAAGAGGAAUUUACAACAUCAGAACCACUAUUCGCCAGCAAAUGGGUCAAGACAUAGCUGGCGCCUGUGGCCAGCUAGUGGUUAGCCUCCCCGAUGAAAGAUCAGCGGGUGGUGCCACCCUUCUCUCAGACAUUGAAGACAUCAGGAUCUGACCUCAUCAAAGAUGAAAUCCUCACAAGAUACCUGUAACUAGCAUUAUAGUUUCAAUGCAGGUUUAAAAUAUGGAAAGUUGAUUUUGGCCGGUGUGGUGUGUUUCCCUUCAUAUUUGGGAGGCACAAUUUUGUUUGCUACACAUUGGCAAAAGGCCCCAGCUUUUGUGUAUAGGCAACUAUCUACGCGAAAGUCUGCGCAACAAACCCUGUUAUUGUAGAUGGGGUAAUGUUAUCUCAGCAACCCAUCCUUGCAAUGAACUGUGAAAAAUCGCUUUGCCUUGCAUA